AUGACUACGACGGUACCCAAGAUAUUCGCGUUUCACGAGUUCUCAGGCGUGGCGGAGGCCGUAGCUGACCAUGUAGUCCACGCCCAGGACAGUGCGUUGGCUCCCAACAACGAAAGAAAGCAUUCCGUGACCAACAUCAGCCUGAACGCGCUGGAUAUGACCCGAGAGGCCUCCUGCAAGAGCACAGCAUCUGUUGUGGAGACCAAGAGUGCAGGUAGCAGUAGCGGCAGCAAUAACUGCAAGCUCAAGAAGGAGAAGCGGUUCAGGAUUGCUCUGUCUGGUGGGUCGUUGAUUCAGGUGCUACACGAGGGUCUGCUCAAGCGAGACGAUGUAAGGUGGGGGGAGUGGGACAUCUACUUUGCGGACGAGAGACUUGUGCCCUUCAGCUCGAACGAGAGCAACUAUGGGUGCGCCAAGAGGAAGAUCCUGGACCUGAUAAACACGGCGAAGUACGGGACUCCCACGGUGUACCACAUCGACGAGUCACUCAUUGAAGAUGCGCAGGAAUGCGCUGACAACUACGAAAAAGUGCUCAUUCGCGGGUUUGCCGGCAGAGAUUCCGUCAAGCUUCCGAUGUUCGAUCUGUUCCUGCUUGGCUGUGCUCCGGAUGGCCACAUCGCAUCGCUGUUCCCUAACUUCCAGGACAAUUUGCGUGAGAAACUGGCGUGGGUUGUGCCCGUGGAGAACGCCCCCAGCGGGCCCUCGACCAGAAUCUCGCUGACCAUACCUGUGAUCUGCCACUCCCACAGAGUUACAUUUGUUGUCGAGGGCGCGACCAAGGCCCCCAUCAUCAAGACCAUUAUGGAAAGACCAGAGAAGGGCCUGCCCAGCAGCAUUGUCAACGAAGGUGCUGCCGGGCGUGUAUCGUGGUUUGUCGACGACGAUGCCCUCACGGACGUGCUCGUCACCAAAAAGAAGUAUAAAUUUCACCCAGCUUAA